AUGCAAAAUACGAAAAUAAUGGAGGAAAAAUAUAUUCUCUCGCUAGAUAUUGGAACUACGACUAUAAGAGCUUUCAUUUAUAAUUCUCGAACAGAAAUUGUAUCUAAGGCUGUUGAUCAUGUAAUUCUACACUACCCCCAACCUGGAUAUGUUGAAAUUGAUCCUGAUGAAUUAUGGAAUUCUGUUGUUGAUGUGGUCAAUAAUGCAUUGCAGGGUGCAAAGUUAACUGCCGGUCAAAUAACUGCAAUGGGAAUAUCGACACAGCGAAGCACAUUUAUAACGUGGUCUCGAGAAUCUGGGAGACCAUUUCAUAGAUUUAUUACAUGGAAGGAUUUAAGAGCUGAUAAGCUUGUGAAACACUGGAACGAAUCUUAUCUGUGGAAGCUAAUCAAAGUAGGUGCAUAUGUCCUCUUUAUGGUAUCGAGAAGUAAGCGAUUCAAGGCUGGAAGUGUUUUCAAAUUUUCAAAUAAUCAGACAACACUGCGACUCUAUUGGGCUCUACUAAAUGUACCCGAGUUGAAAUCGGCCGUUGAAAACAAUGACGCCAUGUUCGGUACUUUGGAUUCGUGGCUGUUGUAUAAAAUGACAGAUAAAAAAAUACACAUGUCCGAUGUGUCGUCGGCUUCCGCGACGGGUUUCUUCGACCCGUUCACCAUGCAAUGGGCGGGCUGGGCCAUGUCCCUGUUUGGGAUAUCUCCGGACAUGCUGCCCAUGGUUGUGGAUACCGCUGGGGACCAUUUCACGAGCACAGCACCAGCGAUAUGGGGACAGGCUAUUCCUAUUAAGAGUUGUAUAGCCGAUCAAACUGCUUCAAUGUGGGGCUCAUGCUGCUUCGAAGUGGGGGACGUGAAACUCACCAUGGGAACUGGGACUUUCUUCAACAUAAACACGGGGGGUUCCCCUCAUGCAAGUGUAUCUGGUCUAUAUCCUGUGGUGGGGUGGAGACUUGGACCCGAAUUGGUCUUCUCAGCUGAAGGGGCGAAUAAUGACACAGCUAGUAUAAUUAAAUGGGCGCAUAAUUUAGGUCUUUUUGAAAAUCCCGAAGACACAGCUGACAUUGCAAUGUCGGUGCCGGACUCAGAUGGUGUAUUCUUCAUACCAGCGUUCAGCGGUCUUGGUCCUCCGUACAACGACUGCACAGCGGCGUCAGGCUUCGUCGGCAUGAAGCCUUCGACGAACAAGGCGCAUCUGGUGCGGGCUGUUCUUGAGGCGAUCGCGUUCAGGACAGCGCAGUUGUACGACUGUGUCCGCAAAGAGACAAAUUACACGUUCUCUACUAUACGCAUGGACGGCGGUGUAUCAAACAAUGAUUUCGUGGCACAACUAGUGGCAGAUCUCACUGGACUAAAAGUGGAAAGACCAACUGAAGUGGAAAUGUCAUCACUUGGGUGUGCGCAUUUGGUGGGACUACAUUUAGGUAUAUUCAAGUCAAAAGAAGAAUUAACGUCGCUUCGUAAAAUCGGCAGCGUGUUCACCCCACGGGCGCAUGUAAAAAAGUCCUACGACAUCACAAUAUCCCGAUGGGAGGACGCCGUGAAACGCAUGUUCGGAUGGUACAACGAUAACAAGUCUAGCCAAUCACAGAACGGCGUUUCUGACUCUAGCAGCAACUCGAUAACCUCGCAGAGCAGUUUUAAGGUUUCAAAGAAGAACGGAAAAGCUAAAUAG